AUGUUGACGGGCUACCGUGUUACACAGCAAGAUACCCAAGUGGUUGCCCAUAGAGGGAAACGGCAGAUAGCUUCACUAACCUCAGCUGAAAGGGAUUCAUUUAUGACAAUUGCUGUUGAUAUGAACGCUACUGGUCAUUUUGUACCUCCCUUUAUUAAAUUCCCUCGUAAGAAUAUUAAUGAUCAGCUAAUGAGAGGCACUGUUGGCAUUGCACAUCCGUCAGGAUGGAUCCAAAUGAGCAUAUUUACUGAGUGGUUCAAACCUCCUAUUAAACAUACCAACCCUAUUCCGGAAUCGAAAGUAUUACUGAUUUUAGAUGGUAAUUUUUCCCAUACUCGUAACAUCGACGUGAUAGAACUUGCUAGGAAAAAUAAUGUAGACAUUCUGUCCUUACCUCCUCACACAACCCACAAGCUCCAGCCACUAGACAAAACGUUUAUGGGACCUCUCAAAACGUAUUACAGUGAAGAAAUACGAAUGUGGAUCAGAGACAACAAUAGACCACUAAGCCAGUGUUUCUGA